UGUGAAAUGGUCGCAGGCUGUCAGCCAAAUACAGCGUCUGUCCGAAAUUAAAACAAAUUGUGAUUGCCUAGUUACCUCAUUUAGAUACACGGACAGCUAAAAUUACUUAAUAUUGAGUCAUAUUUUUUAAAAUGUUAAUUAUUUUAGUUAAUUUUCUUCAUUAUUAUUAAAAGUUACACGUUUACUAGUCGUUUUAUCAAUUUACUCAAUGUGCCUUGAAGUAUCAAGAUGGAACAUAUAAAAACUCCAAAAGACACGCAGUGAGUUGUGUAAUUAAAACCGUAACACACACAAUUGUAUGGCUGAGAACGACAGGUUCGUAUUGCCAGCUGGCUUCCGUCUAUACCGUUUGUCAUCAGCACCCGGAUCGUACUCGCUGUUUUGCCGAUUCAGGUCGUGGCUUCAGCGUGAGGCUGCCAUGGCCAGAGUGGCCAGGCAACAGCAACAGGACGGUUCGGUCAUUAAAAAGAUUGAAAAUGUGCGAAUGUUAGAUCGAUACAACUCUAAAAAAACAUCUAUUGGAACAUUAUAUUUAACAGCAACUCAUUUAAUAUUUUUUGAUCCGGAAAACAAAAAAGAAUCUUGGGUAUUAUUAAUGCACAUUGGUAAUGUGGAAAAACUUCCACUUACGACUACAGGUAGUCCUAUACUCAUUCGAUGUAAGACAUUCUUGUCAGUUACAUUUUUAAUACCAAAAGAAAGAGAUUCACACAACAUAUUUACAUCAUUACUUGUUAUGUGUCAACCUGCAAAAAUUGAAGACCUCUAUUGUUUUUUGUACAAAUCCAAUUCUGAUAAAAUAUCAAAAAGCGCUGGUUGGGAUAGUUUUAAUUUGGAAAAAGAGUAUGAACGAAUGAAUGUGCCAAAUGAAGCUUGGAGUUUAACAACAUUAAAUCAAGAAUACCAGCUGUGUGAUACUUAUCCAAAGUUCCUCUUUGUACCAUCAUCUGUGAGUACAUCUAUUUUGAUUGGUAGUUCUAAAUUUAGAAGCAAAGAGAGAUUACCUGUACUCACAUAUCUGCAUCACAAUAAGGCUGCAAUAUGUCGGUGUGCGCAACCAUUGUCUGGUUUUAACGCUCGAUGCAUGGAAGAUGAACAACUCCUGACUUGUAUACUAUAUACAAACCCAGGAAGCGAAUAUAUGUAUGUUGUUGAUACUAGGCCGAAGAUAAAUGCUAUGGCAAACCGAGCAACAGGAAAAGGUUAUGAAAACGAGAAUUUUUAUGAUAACAUUAAAUUUAAUUUUCUUGGUAUUGAGAACAUCCAUGUAAUGAGAAAUAGUUUGUCUAAAGUUGUUGACUUAUGCGAGCAACGUAAUCUAUCUAUGUCUCAGUUUAUUGGUGGACUAGACAGUAGUGGCUGGUUACGUCAUAUAAAAACUAUUCUUGAUACUUCAGCAUUUAUCUGUCAAGCUGUUGAUGGUGGAAAAUCGGUUGUUGUGCAUUGCUCUGACGGUUGGGACAGAACUGCUCAAGUUUGUUCUCUUGCUUCGCUUAUGUUGGACCCAUAUUAUCGUACACUUAAAGGAUUUCAAGCUCUAAUUGAAAAAGAUUGGCUGUCAUUUGGUCAUAAAUUUACUGAUCGAUGUGGCCACAUUGCUGGUGAUCCUAAAGAAGUGUCUCCUGUAUUCACACAAUUUGUGGAAGCAACGUGGCAACUAACAAUGAUUCAACAAACAUCAUUUGAAUUUAAUGAAAGAUUUUUGUUGGUUCUGCACGAUCACGUAACUUCUUGUCAGUAUGGAACCUUUAUUGGAAAUUGUGAAAAAGAGCGUGAUGAUUUAAGACUCAAGGAUCGUACCUUUUCAUUCUGGGGCUAUGUCGAAGAGCACAAAAAAGAAUUUAUAAACCCGUUGUAUAGUACACAUCCAGGCACUAUGUAUCCAGACUUAUCUCCUCAAAAUAUCCGUUUUUGGCGAGGCAUGUAUUGCCGAUUUGAAAAUGGAGUUCAUCCUCGUGAGCAUGUAUAUGACAUUUUACUAGCUACUAGUGAACAAACCAAAUCACUUGAUGAUCAUGUCAAGUUCCUACAAAAAAGAUUGUCUUAUUUUAAACGUAAAAUAACCGAUGGCGCAGACAUGGUUCGCAAUAGCCUAUUUACAAAAGAAACAUGCCUCGAACCCAUGAGCUACAAUAAAGAAGACAAUGUCAUACAAUCGAUGAAUGAUACAUUUGACAAUUUGACAGUUGUAGAACCUAAGUUAGAUGAAGCACAUAAGGUAGCUAUUGAGUGGAAAAGCUUAAGAGAAACUGUAGCGUGCGAAUGCUCCACUCGCUUUGAUUCAUCUACAAAAAAAUACCAUUGUUGGAAAUGUGGCAAUGUUUUUUGUACUCGAUGUAUUGACAUGAAUGUUCGAUUGCCAGGUCAUCUUAGUCAGGACCCAGUUCCAGUUUGUCAUGGAUGUUGUAAAAUUAUUUCAAGAUCAUCGACGGAGUCUUCUUAGUUUUAAAUUAAUAACUUGUUUAUCAAAUUGCUAAUUUGAAGACGAUUAGUCUAAAUAAUGAUAGAUAAAUCCUAUUACUACACUCCGGUCACUUUACAUCGACGAGGUAUCUUCUUAAAGUGACUGGAGUAUAUGUUAAGACCUAAGUAUUUUUUUUGCUAAGAAAAAAAUUCCUAACUUGUAUAAACAAAGUAAUUUAAAAGAUAUUUUAUUUAUGAUUAGUGUGUUCAACUUUUAAAUGUUUACCAUUCCCUAUUAUUAUAAUACUAAUAAUUUAAGUGCACAAUAUUCUUCGUAAAUGAAUAUUAUAAUAUACAAUAUUAUUGAUUAAUAAUAACAAAUAUUUAAUUUGUAAGCAACAUUUGUUUUAUUUCAUUUUUGAAAAACAUUUAACUGCACAAAUAAUGUUUAUUUGUUUACUUUCCUAAUAAUGGUAACGUUUAGUUUUAUACAAUUAUGUGAUAUUGACAAUUGUAAAUUUUCCAUAGUAAAAUUAGAACUAUUUACUUUACUUAUACCAUGUAUAUUCUAUGUUGUAUAUCAGCAGGCGUGCAACGAUUAUCUAUAGCUUUUUCAGUUCUGUGAUCAAAUUUAUUAUCUUAAUAACUGUAAUAUAUUGUUUUAUAAGUUAAUUAUAAUCUUAUAAUAUUCAACAAACACUUAAGUUUAUUAUUAUGCCUUUAUAAAAACGAUUUAAUAUCUCAUUUCGUAAUUACUUGAUGCCAAAUAUUAGUUUUUAAAUCUUGAUUUUGUUGGGAUGAUGUAGCCAUUAUAAUUUUUCUUUAACAUCAUUCAAAAUGCACUCACGCCGCGCCCUGUACACCAUAAAUGUCUGUUGUAUUAGUCUGUGCUUUUGGAAUUAAAAUCAAUCCAUAUUGUCAAGUGUCAACAAUUAAUAAUCAUGUUUUUUUUAUAUAAACUCAAAAUUUAAAUAUUGAAUAUAUCUCAUUAAACUCUAGCAUAAUAAA